AUGGCCGGAAAAUUAAUUCGUUGCAAUUUUCUUUACAUUUUUACUUUCUUCAUCUUCUUCGUUACUCUCUAUCUCCAUUUUCUUCGAAAUGAUUUCUCUGUUGUUUUCUCCGAUCAAUUUUAUCCGACCACUGUAACUUCCUCCAUAGCCAAUUUAGUUCUUCAUGAAAAUUUCCCCUUUUCGUCGUUUCCUAUUCCGUCUGUUUCAAUUCUCAUGCCUGAUUGGGAAAUCUACGUCAUCAUUGAUUACCCCCAUUUUCACCAAUCUGCUUUUUACUGUGUUUUUGAUACCGGAGAGGGAACUCCGGCGGUUCCUGCAGCAGAGCUUCCAUUUCCGGCGAGGUCGGUGCUCAAGUGUGAUUUCCCAAAAAGGGCUCGUCGGAGUGUGCCUUUUAAGCAACCCAGGUUAAGGGGUUCUUCUGUAAAUGCUUAUUACCGGAAUUCACCAUCGCCGGAGCUGUUAAGGUGGACUUUUCUCGUCUAUGAUUCUCUCACAACUGAUAACGACGUCGUUGUAUUCGUUAAAGGGUUGAAUAAACGCCGAGGCAUUAAUCGUAAGCCCACAGAAUUCAAUUGUAUCUUCGGCGACGCCGUGAGAACCGCCGUGACGAGUUCAAUACAAGAAGUUUUCCGGUGCGAACCGCCGGAUAAUAUAGCCGGGAAAGAGCCGAUCAAAGUUUCAAUUGAAAUUGUGGGGCCCACUCCGGAAGUGGUCCCUACCAUAACCUAUUAUACGCCGCCACGUAUAAUUUCUAGCCAAAAAAAGGCUAAGUUAUGUGCUUGUACAAUGGUGUAUAAUGUGGCUAAAUUCUUAAGAGAAUGGAUUUUGUAUCAUUCAAGAAUUGGAGUUGAAAAAUUUAUACUAUAUGAUAAUGGAAGUGAUGAUAAUUUAGCCACAAUUGUUAAUGAGCUAGUUGAAGAAGGCUAUGAUGUGAAAACUCAUUUUUGGCUAUGGCCAAAAACUCAAGAAGGUGGUUUUUCCCAUAGUGUUAUUUUUGCAAAAGAUUCAUGUUCAUGGAUGAUGUAUAUUGAUGUUGAUGAAUUUGUAUAUUCUCCAUCAUGGUCUAAUUUAACUCAACCAUCAAAAUCAUUGUUACCUUCUAUGUUACCAAAUUUAGAAGAAGAGGACAAUGUUGCACAAAUUAGCAUCCCUUGUUAUGAAUUUGGACCAUCGAAUCAAAAGGAACAUCCAACGAAAGGUGUGAUACAAGGAUACAAUUGUAGGAGGAGAACAGAGAAUCGACACAAGUCUAUAGUGUUACUGUCUGCCGUGGACAACUCUUUGCUCAACGUGAUCCAUCAUUUCAAAUUGAAGACGGGGUACAAUGUGAAGAAAUUGAAUGUUUUCGAAAUGGUGGUGAACCAUUACAAGUUUCAAGCUUGGCCUGAGUUUAAGGCUAAGUUUAGGAGGAGGGUGUCAACUUAUGUUGUCGAUUGGACUAAACCAUCGAACCUUGGUUCGAAUGAUCGGACUCCAGGAUUAGGGUAUAGUCCUGUUGAGCCUAUAGGUUGGAAGAGCAAGUUUUGUGAGGUAUAUGAUAAUGGUUUAAAAGAUUUGACACAUACAUGGUCUAUAGUCGAGUUUGUUGCUCCAUCAGAGUAUCAAAUGCCUUGGCUGAAUUAA